AUGGGAUAUAAAAUUUUCUUAUUUCAUUGUUUUUCCAUUGGCUAUGCAGCAUAUUUUUCGCAGUUUUCUUUGCGAAAGCCUGAUCAUGAUCCAUGUUAUGAUCAAAGUGGCCGACCUAUACGUUGUGUACCAGAGUUCAUUAAUGCAGCAUUUGGCAAGCCUGUUGUUGCCACAAGCACUUGUGGAAUGAACGGCGAAACGAGAUAUUGCUUUCCAACCAAAGAUAGUGAAAAAGCUUGCUCUGUUUGUAAUUCUCAAGAUAGAUCACUAUCACAUUCUGCCAGCCUUUUAACGGAUAUGAAUAUGCAAGGAAAAACGACAUGUUGGCUGUCUGAGCCUACCGAUAGUAUUGGAAGUGUUAAUUUGACACUUUCGUUGGGAAAAAAAUUUGAAUUGACUUAUGUAUCAAUGCAAUUCUGUCAUCAAACUCCUGAUUCAAUUGCUUUGUUCAAAUCAGCUGAUUAUGGUAAAAGCUGGACACCCUAUCAGUAUUAUUCAUCUGAUUGCUUGGCUGUGUACAACAAAUUCCCCGAUGCUCUUAUAUCCAAACACAAUGAGCAGGAAGCUAUCUGCACUGAUAUCCGGUCUGUAUCGCCAACAGGAAACAAGAUUGCAUUCCCCUUAAUUGAAAAUCGCCCAUCUGCUCUCAACUUCGAAGCAUCUCCUGUUUUGCAAGAUUGGGUAACUGCUACUGAUAUCCGGGUAGUAUUUACUCGUCUCAAACCUAAUAUGAUUUUCAACGAUAACAGUAGCAGUUUGUUGGAAGAGUAUGAUGACUUAUCGACCAAUUUCUAUUCUAUGGGGGAUUUAGCUGUUGGAGGAAGAUGUAAGUGCAAUGGACAUGCUAGUCGUUGCAUUGUCGACAAAAAAGGAAAAUACUCAUGUGAUUGUCGUCAUAAUACAGCCGGAACAGAAUGUGAAACCUGUAAACCAUUCUAUUUUGACAAACCCUGGGGUCGUGCAACAUCCAGAAACGCCAAUGUCUGUUCAGUAUGCAAUUGCAAUAUGCAUGCCAAGAGAUGCCGGUUUGACAAUGAAAUAUUCAAAAUGAGUGGAUACAGAAGUGGUGGUGUUUGCAUUAACUGUAAACAUAAUACUAUCGGACGUAAUUGCCAUCUGUGCAAACCAGGUUACUAUAGGGAUUCAACCUCGCCACUUACCAGCCGUAGAGCUUGCAAAGGUUGUCAGUGUCAUCCAGUUGGUUCACUUGGACGCAGCUGCAAUCAAGAGACAGGUCAAUGUGUUUGUAAGGACGGAGUAGCUGGCUUGACAUGUAACAGAUGUGCCAAAGGUUAUCAACAAAGUCGUUCAUCUGUCAAUCCUUGCAUUAGAAUACCGGACAAAAAUGCAACUUUACUCUUGCCUUCAGUAGGAUCUCAUGAACAACAGAAACCUCGCGGCAUUUGCGAAAAAUGUCGUGAAUUCAAGAAAGUUACUCAAAGGAAAUUCUGUACUAGAGAUUCUGUUCUCAAAGUGAUGAUAAUGAAUAAGGAGAAUGAACAUAACUGGAUUAAGUAUUCGAUUCUUGUUGAGAAUAAUUUCAAGUCAACAAAUGAUACCCGAAAUCUAUCAUCUUUAUGGCUACCAACCAGCUUCCAAGCUUGUAAAUGUCCGAAAAUUCGAGUUGGAAAACAUUAUCUUGUUCUGGGCAUGAGUUCACGUGAUAUCGAUAGCACUAAAUUGGUUUACGAUUCAAAGAUGAGUCUGGUCGAAUGGAAUCUUCAGAAUGAGGAAAAAAUGACACGAUUCCAAUUGAACACAAACAAGAAUUGCAAGCAUCACAAACAUUCCCGCAUUCAUCGAUAA